UGCACCUUGUAUCUCCUCCCAAAGUGAGUCAGGUGCUUUAGAAAGAAUCUAAAAACAGGUGGAUAGAGAGCAGCUUAAUGUUCCACCAGCACACAUUCUGGUCUUCUGCCACAAGCUUAUCAGCUAUUCGACAGACAAGACACAGAUUGACUUGACUUAGCUAUCACAAUGUCAACCUCAUAUGUGAAGAAAUAUGGUACCAAAGCAGAAACAACCUCAACACCUGGUCGUAGUCAGGUUAUUCAAGAUAAUAAGAAGAGGACCAAUGUGCUCCAAGACAACAGCUGGAUCAAGAAGAGGCCAGAUGAAGAUGUAGACAAGGAAGAAAAUUUCGGCAAAGCUGUACUUAACCGAUACAAAUCUGAAGAAUCUCUAGACAGCAAUGCAGACAGAAAAACCAGCUCUGAAAUCAAGAACCCAUUACCAAGUCAGGAUACAUUAACCAAAAGACACAGCACCAGUGAAGUUCAGCUAAAUAAAUUCAAGGAAGCUGAUGACAAAUACAAACGGCAGUCGUGGACAACUACUGAUGGCAAGUCUUCUACUUCAGUGACUAAAAGUGUUACUUCCAGAACCACUCCAGAUGGCAAGACUACUACUGUCACAACACAACAGAAGUUACCAACUAAGACUUGGGGUUCCCCUCUAAAAGAUGAUCCAUAUGGGACUCAUUCUACCACCACAAAUAAAUCGGAAACAACUGAAGUCAAAAGAUUUUCAACCAGCCAAUCAGAUGUUCAAUCCACUGAUAAAACAGCGGAUUUGAAAGACCCAUCAUCAACAACAUUGAAAACCAUUGAUGGCAAACCAACUAUUUUGCCUCCUAAGCCAAAAGCAAAUGAUGUGCCUAACACUAAAGAGAGAGACAAUGGAACCCCACUUGUUUCUGCAACUACUAAAACCACUAAGACUGCUGUGACUAAUAUAGCAACCAACCAGGAGAGCAUUAAAGACGGAACCCCACUUGUUUCUGCAUCUACUAAAACCACUAAGACUGCUGUGACUAAUAUAGCAACCAACCAGGAGAGCAUUAAAGACGGAACCCCACUUGUUUCUGCAUCUACUAAAACCACUAAGACUGCUGUGACUAAUAUAGCAACCAACCAAGAGAGCAUUAAAGACGGAAAUCUGGUUCCUGUUCCAACUACUAAAACUGCAGAGCUUAUUGAUCAGUCUACAGCCCAGCAGAAAAGUGACAAGGGAAAAGUGGUUCCUGUUCCAACUACUAAAAAUGCAGAGCUUACUGAUCAGUCUGCAGCCCAGCAGAAAAGUGACAAGGGAUACUGGGACUCUGUGAAAACGGAUUCAUCAGUGAAAUCGCCAGUUACCACCACUACAACCACCACCAGAGAAUUGGAUAUUGUGAAAUCUGGUUCUUCAUUGAAAUCACCUGUUUCCACCACUACAAUCACCGGUCCGCUUGAUGACCUUUAUGGCUCUCUUGUACCAACUGCAAAAACAGCCUCCUACUCAAUUAACAGAAAAAGUGAACCCAGGACUGAAUACAGUUAUGAAUAUACUGAUGGAACAAGCACCCAGAAAACGUCAGUUUCCAGCAGGAGGAGUGAAUCCAGCUAUGACAUUGAUUUCAGCCCAGCAGAGCACAUGAAAACAACAUACAAGGACAACAGCAGCCCACAGUCUAAUUUGUAUGAAGACACUGUUUCAACGAAAACAACCAAAACAUUGUAUUCAUCUUCUGACAGCUACGGCUAUGAAUCCAGCCCAACAGUGUACACCAAAACAACCUACAAGGACAACAGCAGCCCACAGACUAAUAUGUAUGAAGACACUGUUUCAUCGAAAUCAAUCAAGACAGUUUAUUCAACCCCUGACAGGUCUGUUAUUGAAAAAGACAUGUGUACUUACUGCCGCAAGCCCAUGUCCACAGAUGCUAAAAUGAUCCUGGAUGAAAUGCAAAUCUGCUGCCAUGCCUCCUGCUUUAAGUGUGAAGUAUGCAAUUGUUCUCUGGGGCAACUGAAAGCUGGAGACAGCCUGUGGAUUUACAGGCGCACUGUGCACUGUGAGAACUGCUUCACCAAUACAAGGGAGAAAUGGCAUCGCUAGGCUUAAGCAAAAGAAGAAAUAUCAGUCUGCCAUGCACGCAGCCUCAGAGCCAGUCAUGAUAUAACUAACUGUUUUCAGAAAUGGUAACAUAGUUUUAACAAUAUACAGCAUUUUUAUUUGGGGACAAGGGAUAUAUGGUAUAUUUUUCAAGAAACAUGUUAAGUAGGUAAAAUGUACUUGUAAAACAUUUCACAGGUUAAGGCUAUUUCAUAAAGCUUUUUUUAUGUACUCAAGGCAUCAUAGAUUUUAAAUGGUUAAUGGUUUAUUAUAAUAUGCAAAUGUUACACAUAAAGAUAUGACUGUCAUGCUGUCACUACUCGUUUCUUGUACUGGAAUGAUAUAUAUAUAUAUAUAUAUAUAUAUAUAUAUAUAUAUAUAUAUAUAUAUAUAUAUAUAUAUAUUCUUUAUAUUUGGGUAUAUUUGUUGGGGGACUUUAAUAAUAAAAAAUAUUAAUGAAAAAAUGAUGAAUACACAUUAACUCUGGCAAUAAAAAAACAUAUCAAUUGUAACUUACAUCUGUAUUAAAAAAUAGUAUAUGUGCAUGAA